UAUCAGCUGUGAGUUUCAUUGACAUUUAACAAUAAUAAACACUCACUUGGUUUGCACAUUAUUAAAAAACAAUAUAGAAUAAAUAAACAAUCAAAUUGUAAGUAUAUAAUGUGUUCAAUAAACUCUACUUUUAUACAUUUACACUUAAAUUUUUAUAACAUGCGUAAUUUGCUAAAAACCAUUAAACAUUUUGUGAAAUGAUGUGAUUGUAUAAAAAAACUUGCAAGUUUUAGUACUGCAAAAAGUGAAGUGAUUCAAUCGCAUGGCGUGCUAUAAGCGAACGAAAUGUUUACUGGACAACAGUGCCACAAACAGUAAGCGUCGGCGGCGAUGUCUUACAAUUGAAGCUAAAAUAAAAUUAUUGGAUCGCUUAAAAGUUGAAGAACGUACAAUGGAUUUGAGUCGCGAAUAUGAAAUUAACGAUAGUACAAUACGUUCACUUAUAAGAAAUGAAAGCCAGAUUCGUAAGUACGCAGAGCAGUGUACAAAGCAUACAUUUCGCUCUGUGGCAUAUAUCCCGCAUGAUGAAGUACAAGAAAAAAUGGAACGUCAAUUGUAUGUGUGGUAUGCAGAACACUUACUGCAUGGUGGUACACAUAACAUUACCAGCAUUAGUGCCAAAGCAAGAGAAAUAUAUAGAUCACUGAAGGAUAAAGAGCAAAUAGCUAAUUUGAACAAGAACAAACAAAGAAAUUACAAUGGAUUGCAAGUAGAAAGCCGUGAUUUCAAAGCUAGCAAAAGUUGGUUUGUAAAAUUUCGUAAACGUUAUGAUUUAGAUUUUAACACUACCUACAAAACUCAACCAAUUGACCACUCUGUGUGCAACAUAUACCCAAUACAAUUUGCUAAGCUAUUGCAGGCAGAAAAUUAUCAACCAUGUCAAGUAUUCGCCGCUUUUGAGUUAUCCUUUGCCUGGAAAUGCUUGCCAAGUAGUAUAUCCAUCGCAAAAGAAUAUAAAUCCCGAGCUAAUGAUCGCAUUAGCUUGUUCAUCUGUAAUAAUGCUCAAGGUGAUUUCUGUGUCAAACCGAUGUUGAUUAGUCGUACACGCGUACCGCAUUACGUACGCCACACAAAAAAAGGCGAAUCGCCCAUAUUUUGGCGUUGUAGUGGACGUCAAACACAAAGGUUGCCAAAAGUGACGCCAUCACAUUUCCAUGAUUGGCUCAUACAAUGUUUCACACCAACCGUACGUAAUUAUUUACAAAUUAUGGAAAUGCCAGAACGCUGUUUACUUUUAUUGAAUAGUGACUUGCGACAAAUGGUACUACCAACAUACGAUGAAUCUUUUUUAAGCGUAAAAUUUCUACGUUACAAAACUACACAGUCAUUACACCCAAUCGCACAAAGUGUGUUGUCAACUUUUCACAGCAAAUACUUGCGCCGAUUUUUCGAACAUUUGGUGCAACGUCUUGUAGAAAAGACCCAAGCGGAUUUGUACAAAGCUGAUGCGAUUGAAAACAUACAUGAGGCGUUGGAAGACAUCGGUGUUGAAUGCUGGAAAAGUGGCUGGUAUCAGCUUUGGCCGAAGAUUGGAACAGAGCCAUGUCACAAUUCACAACUGGCUGAUGAAAUAACACUUAUUGCAAUUAAUGCCAGGCAACUACCGGGAAACGGAUUCGCGGAUAUGACUAUUGAUGAUAUUAAAGAAUAUUUAAAACUUGGCGAAAGCAGAUCAAGCGAAGAAACUGAAAUACCAAAAGAGACCGCACAGCAAAUCAGUGGAGCUAAUAUUGAAAAAUUUCAGUGCUUAAAGUCUGCGGAACCAGCAGAUCAGAAAGGAAAUGAGGAACUCAUCAGCUUAUGCUCAGAAAAUGAUACGCAUUCAAGUGAUGCUGACAUCUUUAUAAAUAAUGUCAUAAAAGAAGUUAGUGAUAACGAAAUAUCCAUCCGAUUUGAUGGCAGUGAUGAGCAAUCUGAUGAAGAAGCAAUUAUCAAAUUUGAAACUGAAGACUUUAAUGAAGUUGAGCGUAAGACGCAAAAGCCUACACGCAACAAUACAACAAUUCUAAAUAAUAGCAAAGCAUGUGAACAAAUACAAAUAAUUAAAAAAGCAUUGGAACUAUUAGACACUUUAGGUAAACUCGAAACACAGACAGAUUUACCACAAUUCAUAAGUGGCUUAAAUGACCUAAUGCAGCCUUAUGCAGAAUUGAAGAAAAAACUUUUGCAACCAAGUAUAAAAGAUUACUUCAGAUAAGACAGCAGCACUAGUAUUAAUUUGGGUAUUAAAGACUUAUUUUAUUCUAAAAAUCAGAUUAGUUCAGUAUGCAGUACGUUGUAGCAGUAUGUUGUAGCAGCUGAGUAGCCCACUCUCCAAAUAAUUUUGAGAGCUGCUGCUGAGUUGACAUUCAUUGGCAGAAUAAUUGGUUCCUUUUCAUCAAUGGGAAAACCUCGAAAUUCCCACAACUAUCAGAGAAAAUUUCCGCCACCCUAUUCGCGGAUGAUUGUAUAAUAUUGACGUCAGGCAAUGAAAUUGAUUGCAUGUGUUCAAAAGUAAAGAGCUAUCUCACCGAUCUUUCUCGCUUCUUCUCUGCGAAGAGUAUAACACUCUCCCCCACGGAAUAUGCAGCGACUAUAUUCACGAACUGGACGAAAAACUACAGACUGGAUCUUAAUGUAACAGUCAAUGACUUUAAAAUUCUCACUGUCAACAACCCAAAGAUUUUAUGCCUUACGCUUGACAACCUAUUCUCCUUCACUCCGCAUGCUGAAAUGUUUUCGUAGAAAUCAUCUUCGCAGUCGUCUGCUUGAAGCAGAGCCGCCUCCUAGGAGCAUCAAGAGAUCAUUCCUUAAUUACGUCGAAGGCAUUGAACAAUACGCCAACCAGACUACGGACGCAACUAACUUCUUACACAUACUGGCCGCCAUUCACAGUGAAGCCAUUAACAUCUUCACCAACUCCCUGCCAGCAUAGUUGCUCUUAGAUUCUUGAGUAACCCUUGCAUAACUUCGUAUUGGAUAUUGUAGCAAGUUAAACUCCUACUUAUACAGAAUUGACGCCGAUAUACCAAAUAUAUGCAUGUCCUGCAGUGACUCUCCGCAUGACUCUAACCACCGCUUUGCAUGUUGGUAUAACGGAUUGUAGCUUGUUUGCUCCGACCCCGUCGAAACAGCACGUUUCCUAGUCCUACCGUUAGAUGACUUCAAUUACAAUCAACUUGAACCUAACCUCUAAGCGGGGAUUAAAUACCGGCUGCAACAACAACAAACGCUUCUAGGGUGCUGGCGGUGAUUACCGUUAAAUUGUACUAAAUUAAAUGUUGUCUUUGUAUAAUGAGUGAUUUUUUUUUUUGUUAUAAGAACUUAUUACAUAAGGGGUAAAUAUAGGACUAUAUACUAUUACACGGCAGUCGGGUUGCCGUAACCGGAGGGACCUGCAUUUUUAUCCAGCCAAGGACUGUCACCUCGGCAGCAAUACUCUAAAUAACCUCAGCAAUAUUUUUUUGUUUGCCCCUACAACAACAACUUACAAUAUUAAAAAUUAAUACAAACACUGGUAGCCUUACCGUUUAAAAACGAGCAAUAAUAAAUUCAUAAUUCGCUUU